CAGCCAAGUCGUUACUGUUUUGUUGCACGGAGAGGUGAGCUUCACGAAACGCUUCUGCGCUUGUCAAAUUGAGUGAUCUUAUCGCGGGUAACAUCGAAAACCAAUUCCCCCAAAAAGCAUUGAUAUCAGGUCAUGCACCACCUAGGCAAGGUUCGCCUAAUGGGGAAGUUGUAGUCUUUAUUAGUCCGGGAGGAACCUCCAACAGAAACUGCACGAUGAGUUAUCCAAUAUUCCGUGAAAAAGUGACGACUCUGCUGUUGGGUUUGAGCCUCAGCUUUAUCAUCACCGUCGGAGGAGCAGUAGAUCCUCCGACAUGUGAUUCAUCUUACGGAUGUGUUUCUUCCAUCCGCCAAGAGGACUGUGCCAAGGGCGAGAUACUGAUCUCUGGUGGUUCGCUAAACGGUUGCUGCCCUGGUUGUCAGGGUGGCCGCACGUAUCUCGCUGUGUGCAAUAUGAACAUACCGGAUCGUCGAUGUGCACCUGGACUAAAGUGCUCCGGACGCAAGUGUAUCUACGAUCGCUCAACUUGUCUGCAUACGAUGCAUCUGGAUAGAGAUUUGGUCGGUUGGAUCCCGAAGUGCAACCUGGAUGGAACAUACGCAGCUAAGCAAUGCCGGGGAGAUCGGUUAUCGGGCCGCUGCUUCUGCUACAGUGAGGAUGGUAAACGAAUCUUUGGAUGGGACUGGUACCGGAACACCGAGCAUAUGACCUGCGCCUGCAGCAGACGGCGCGAUAAGCUGGAGAAAGAGGGUCGCUUCGAUGUCACGCUUCACUGCACCCAGAACGGUAACUACGAGGAGCUUCAGUGCGAUUCUGGACUGUGCUGGUGUGCGGACGAGUUUACUGGAAGUGUCCAGCUGGGGACAACCGUGGUGCACGAUAGUUUGUGGCAGCUUUUACCUUGCUAUAACAGUACCCUGCACGGAGAGUCGUACCUGCGCCAGUGCGAAAGUGCUGCCCAUGCGCAGAAAAUAAUCCUCAAGAAGUUCUACACGCGCGGUACCGUUGGUGUAACCUUCAAUGAGAUUCCGUGCGACUACGACGGUGCAUACGGUCGGUACAAGGUUGAGAAUGGUGUUGUCUACUGCACCUGGCGUGACGGAAAGAAGAUUGGUUCGUUUCAGAUACGCUCCAGUAUGCUUUCGUCGGUGAACUGUUAUUGUGCCCGCGAUACGAUCAUCUACCGGGAGGCUGGAAUACCGUUUACGCUGGCCUGUGGUGGCAACGGCAACUACGAGUACUCCCAAGACCAGAACGGCCAACUGUUCUGCGUUGAUAGCGAUGGGUUCGUGGUAACGACGGAAGUCGCUCCGAAUGAGUCAUGCGAUAAGUUCAUCUACAACUCCGCUUUCUACAACGAAGACUGAUGCAUGGAUGGUGCCGGAUGGUAUCUACCCCGGCUAUAUCUUGAAGUUCAUAGAAAAGAAAAAAUGGCACACAAUAAACGCGAUACGUGAUACAUCAUGCGACCACCGCAAGAAAA